AAGAAAACUUUAACCAAAAAGCUAUUUGCGGUAUUCAGUAGUGAUGUAAAUUUGCAUGGAAGAAUCAACAAAACAUCCUGUAAUAAAAAAAGAAGAAGCAAAAGCGUUAUAUUGUUGCUACCACCAUAAUUUACCAUUUGGUAACCACGAAAGUUGGUGUCUUGUUUCAGUCGAUGACAUACCGUGAAAACAACAGGACAUGUGGGAAUGUUUUUCAAUAAAGUUAACGUGAUAAAUAGAAAGAGUUUUCGACUGACAUGAAGAAUUCAACAAUUUGGGAGUCUGCCAGCAGGCCACUAUUUGUUAAAUCUGUUUGGCUAGAAGGAGGGUAUCGCCAUUUUAUUCUAGACCAUAAGCCAAAGCAACGAUUAGACGCACAUAUGAACUUGCGAAACAAAUCAUACGAUACAAUGCAGACUUCUGUUUACUGUGAUUUUUCGGAGCUUAAUAGAGAGCUAUUGUUGGUGGGAUCUUCUAAGGCUCAAUGCCAUCAGAACUUUUCACAACUAAAAAUUGAAAAGAAUUUAAUAGUAAAUCAUCGCCGAUUAUCAUCAAAAAACCUGUUCAUAGACCAUUUUAAAAGACGAUAUGAUCUCAUCCGAGAAGAAGCUCCUUCUAAAAGAAGUUCUUUACAUGACAUUAGUUCAGUUAUUACUAAUAAUUCACAUUCUGAUGAAAAACUUGCUGAAAGAGUUCUUAAUUGGUUGGAUCUGGCCGGAAAGACACCACUCCUUCGACCAAUCCAAGUUGAAAAUAUUAGUAAAAGAGUUACAAAAGAGCAACAUCCUCAAAAACUACAGCCGGAAUCAGCUUGCUCUAGAAGAAAUGAUUCAAUAAAGCAUAUUACAAUUAUUUUUAACAAAGAAGGAGUUCCCGUUCGUUUGAAUAGACCAGUAAGGAAUAUAGACUUAUGUGCAGUCUCUAGCAGUGCUGGGGUUGCUAGACGUUUAGCUGGCAAUUUAGCCUCCGCAAGGUUGUAUGGAGGAAAUGUUGUGAGAGAAAUUAGGAAUGAUACUGCAGCAGUUGAGAGCAGAAGGCCUAGACCAAAAACCUCUUGUACAAGGAGGAACUUUGCAUAUAAUGGUAUUGGAAAGAAAAAAACUGUAACGGAGCGGGAGAACUCAGCGUUAAGAGAUGCGAAAAGACAGUUACACAUAUUCAUGCCGAGUUUACCAAAGAAAACUAUGUUAAGCGAGGACACAGUGUGCAGUGAUUUAAAUAAAAUCAGUGUAAAAUAAAUUCAUAAAAAAAACUUCAAUACAUUUACUUGGUGAGAAAUUAUAUGUUACCUUUAAGUUAGCGGUUUAGCGGCAAAUUUAUUAUUCAAUAAACAGUUUUUUUUUAGUACAUAAAUAUAACAGCUAUUCAGUUAUUUAUUAAAACUACAAU